AUGUCGACCACUUCAUCUGCGGGGGCUGCGGUCAAUGCGACAGCAGCAACCGAUGCAGAGCUCCAGCCAGCGAUCGCGAAGAUGAUGCCCUCAAACAAGAGUGCUGUUCUUCAUCGCAGCUUGAAAUCCGCCCCGCCGCAGGUGGUCUCAGCGAACGGAAAGUAUCUAACCUUCUCCAAUGGCCAGACCAUUUUGGACACGACCUGCGGGGCUGCGGUGGCUUGCAUUGGAUCCAACAAUGAGCGCGUUAAGAAGGCGAUGAUUGCGCAGCUGGACAAGUUUGCGUACUGCAACUCGAUGUUCUUUGGGCACCCCAUCGGGGAAGAGUUGGCGGAUGAGUUGAUUCGAGGAACUGAUGGUCUCAUGUCAAAGGCAUAUAUCAUGUGCUCCGGCUCGGAGGCAAUGGAUGCGGCGAUGAAGAUGGCGCGUCAAUAUUUCGUUGAGAUUGGCCAACCGCAAAGAGUCAAGUUUAUCGCCCGAGAAAACUCAUACCAUGGCACUACCCUUGGCUCACUGUCUAUGGGCGGCCAUGUUGCACGUAGAAGUCUCUUCACAGACAUGCUUCUACCUAAUAUCGGCCGAGUCUCGCCAUGCAAUGCGUAUCGCGGCAUGACUGAGGGCCAGACAGUCGAGCAAUACGUUGAGCAGCUAGCUGAUGAGUUGGACCGCAAGUUUCAGGAGAUGGGUCCCGAGACUGUGUGCGCUUUCGUCGCUGAACCAGUCGUCGGUGCAGCCCUUGGCUGUGUGCCCUCGGUUCCCGGGUACUUCAAGGCCAUGAAGAAUGUCUGUGAUAAGUACGGUGCUCUUCUGAUUUUCGACGAGGUCAUGUCUGGCAUGGGUCGUUGCGGAACAUUGCAUGCCUGGCAGCAUGAAGGCGUUACGCCGGAUAUUCAAACCAUGGCUAAGGGCUUGGGCGGUGGUUAUGCCCCUGUCGCCGGUCUGUUGAUGAAUCACAGAGUUGCCGAUGCUCUCACAAGCGGCACUGGUGCAUUCUCCCAUGGACACACCUAUCAAGGCCACCCCGUUGGAUGCGCCGCUGCGUUAGAAGUGCAACGCAUCGUGCGAGAGGACAAUCUGGUCGAGAACGUUAGACUUCAAGGGGCUCUCCUUGAGAAACUUCUGCAUGAACACCUUGACGAACAUCCUUAUGUGGGCAACAUCAGAGGAAGAGGCCUCUUUUGGGGAAUCGAAUUUGUGUCCGAUAAAGCGACCAAGGAGCCAUUCUCGCGGUCCUACGAUAUAGCUAAUAAGGUGCAUCUGAAUGGCCUCAAUCAGUUUGGUAUCAGCCUCUACCCAGGUAACGGUACAAAGGAUGGAACUCUGGGGGACCAUGUUCUGCUUGCUCCCGCAUAUACCAGCACGGCGGCAGAAAUCGAGGAAAUAGCCGCCAGGACGAAGGACUCCAUCCUUCACACGUUCCAAGACCUUUGA